UACGAUUGCUGAUUUGACUAGUGUACCAGCGGAAGUGACGCGAGUCGCUUCGUUACGUUUACAUUCUGUUCUCGACGUCGCGUUCAUUGUGGGGAGCCAUUACCCUCGUCCGCGCUAAGCAUCGUGCCAUAUUCCCAUUCGCGCCCUAAUACUAACAACAUUCUCGUAGUUUUAAGUGAAAUAUUAUGAGAGUGAAGACCGAAAUGGACGACGACGAAAAGGGAAAGUUGUUUGUUGGUGGUUUGUCCUGGGAGACAACACAAGAAAAUCUUCAACGUUACUUCGGCCGUUACGGCGAAGUAAUUGACUGCGUUGUUAUGAAAAACAGUGAAUCUGGUCGCAGUCGUGGUUUUGGAUUUGUAACAUUUAGUGAUCCAGCUAAUGUUCCAUUAGUUCUUCAGAAUGGACCACAUCAACUUGAUGGGCGCACAAUUGACCCGAAACCAUGUAAUCCACGCACUCAACAGAAACCAAAACGCAGUGGAGGCUUUCCGAAAGUUUUUCUUGGUGGCUUACCAAGUAAUGUGACAGAGACCGAUUUGAGGUCUUUCUUUACCCGUUUUGGUAAAGUUAUGGAGGUUGUCAUAAUGUAUGACCAAGAGAAGAAGAAAUCAAGGGGAUUUGGCUUUCUCAGUUUCGAGGAUGAAGAUGCAGUGGACCGAUGCGUAGCGGAGCAUUUCGUCAACUUGAAUGGAAAACAGGUUGAAAUCAAACGCGCAGAACCAAGAGAUUCUUCUAGCAAAAUGAAUGAUAGUCAUCAAGGUCAGUGGGGACCACCUCAACAAGGUGGACCUCCAAUGGGAAUGGCUGGGAAUAUGGGACCUAUGGGUGGUCCAAAUGGACAGAUGAGUGGACCUAUGAUGGGAGGUCCAAUGGGUCCACCAGGAAAUAUGAUGCAGCAGUAUCAAGGUUGGGGUACCAGUCCUCAAACUGGAGGAUAUGCUGCUGGAUAUACUCAGUAUAAUUCUCAGGGCUGGGGUGCACCACCUGGCCCUCCUCAGCAACAACAAAUUCCACCACCACCACAUCAUCAAUGGGGUAGUAGUUAUAAUGUUCAACCUGCAGCAGCUACUCAAGGUUAUGGAAGUUAUGGUGACAUGUAUUCACGACAGACCACCGGCUCAGGUGCACCUGGGUCCAGUAGCAGUUCAGCUAAAACUCCGGAUUAUACUGGGUACUCUGCAUAUGGUAAUUACGCUGACACCAGUUAUCCUCAGCGUUCGUAUCAAGGAGGAGAAAGCAACCAAGGAAGUUUAUUUCCUAGACGUCCUGUUCAUUUUACUGACUGGAUGACGCGAGGCUUGUGGACUUGAGGUAAAAGAACCGGAAACGCGCGUUUAGCCGCGGUCACCGCUUAACGGGCCGCGAUAAUUAAGGGUUAUAACAUUUUUCAUAUUAAUUUAAAUAAUUCAAGCGUUAAUUUAAAUAUUCCUUUGUCCUUAAUUCAAUCUUUUAUCUCCUAUUUUCUUUUCUUUUUUUUUUUUUUUUUUCCUCUUUUGUUUUCUUUCUUGCGUUUUGCAUCUGUAAACUUCCAUCUGUCGUGUUUGUUGUAUAACGGUUUGCAUAUUAUAUAUAGAAAUCUUCUUCUUUUUUAUUUCGACAGUUUUUACAAAUUGUACGAAUACAUAUGUCAUACGACAUAUCGAACGAACGAAACGAAAUGAAUUAUUCUGUGCGUGACAUUGGUAUAUAUAUAUAUAUAUAUACAUAUACAUAUACAUAUAUAUAUAUAUAUAUAUAUGGUAUGUUGUUAAGAAUAAUCCUUCAAUCCUCGUGGAUUUCGGUGAUAAUUAUUCCCCGCGUAUCGAAAGUUUUUAAAUAAGUUUCGUGCGUUGCGAUAAGAGAUGUGGAUAAAGAGAAGAAUAUAUAUAUAUAUUUUUCACGAUUCGAGGGCGAGAAGAAGAAACACAGUACGGAAGGGGGUAAAACGAAUUAAUUAAAGAAAAAAAAAAAAAAAAAAAAGAGUAACUCGAUUUCAUGCGAGCCGAUAGCUUCGUCCAUGUUUAGAAUAAUGUGUAAAUUAAAGGGUUUAAAGAAUAAGUAGAUAUUAUUAUUUACAUAAGCGCAAUUAACAAAUUUGUAUUUAUUAAUUGUACGCGCCUGAGAGACUUUUGUAUCCGAAACGUGUAUAUUUUUCGUAUCAUCUGAAAAAUGAUCACGAAAAGGAAGUGGUCAU